CAGCCUCGCGGUCCUGCGGCCUCUUUAAGAGCGGAGCCGCGCUCCCGCAGCUGCGACCGGAAGCGCGCGGCGGGUCGCGGCUCACCGGUAACAGGCAGAGAGCUGCUGCGGAGGAUCUCAGCUUCGUCCGCGUUUCCGUCACACAUGUUUGAUGUGCCGCUCCGGUCAUGACUCGUGCACGCGCUCUCAGACCGGCCGCUCGUGGCCUUUAUCAGCGGGCUGUGCUCGCGUAAGCGGAUCUGAGACACAGAGGGACGAUCAGCAGCAGUGAUGUCCGGGCUGAGUGAGCCCAGCCUGAUGGAGCUGCCCAUGGAGAGUUGGAUGUCUCACCUGCCAUGCGCGCUGUGGGACGUCCCGCUGUUCCACCUGGCCAUCCCAGGCAGCCAUAAUGCAAUAACCUACUGCCUGGAUACGGAUGACAGGUCUCCCAUCGACCUCAUGCAGCCUGACAUGCUGCAGAAGCUCGACAAAUUCAUGAAGCCCCUCAUUCGCCCCUUUGUGUACAAGUGGGCAAAAACCCAGGAGUGUUGUAUAAAGCAUCAGCUGGACUGUGGGGUGAGGUACUGCGACCUGAGGAUCGCACACAGGCCCAACGACAGCUCCACACACCUGUACUUCUACCACGGCGUCUACACCACGCUCACUGUGGAGACGGUGCUGACGGAGAUCCGAGAGUGGCUGGACGCUCAUCCCAAAGAGGUGGUCGUCCUCUCCUUCAGCCACUUCCUUGGCCUGAGCCAGGAGCUCCACGCGGUGCUGCUCGCCACCAUACGCACCGUGUUUGCCUCCAAACUCUGUCCCAAAAAGGCCGAGGUCACUCUUCGUAAGCUCUGGGCUUCGGGCUACCAGGUGAUCGCAUCCUACGAGCACAGCACGGAGCGCCGGCACACUGAGCUGUGGCCCGACAUCCCGUACUGGUGGGCCAACAAAUGCAAGGCCGAGGCUCUGAUUGAUGAGUUUGAACGCAUGAAGCAACAAAACAGGAGACCAGGAGGUUUCUUUGUGACGGGGAUUAAUCUGACAGAGGACCUGAAGUACAUCUGCACCCACCCUACUGAGUCCCUGAAGGACCUGGUGAUGUCCACAUACCCGACGCUGCUCGGCUGGGUCAAAGAGCAGACGCCCGGCGAGGAGGACGGCUCGCUGAACAUCAUCGCUGGCGACUUCGUCUCGGAGAGCCGCUUCGUGCCCACCGUCGUGGCGCUGAACCAGAAGCUUCUGAAGCGGUCCUCGUGACUGUAACAAGCGUGACCUGAGGAGAA